CAGUGGAAGCAGGGAGGAGCCCAGGAUAACCACCCAGCUCUCCAGGGAAGUCUGUGCCAGACUGAGCGCUCUCCACUCUGCCCAGAGUCAUGCCAACCCAGGCUCUGCUGCUCAUCCUGCUCCUCUGUGUGCUGCUGCAGGCCCAGGGAGGGUAUUGGAAACCGAAGAUGAUGCAGAGUAGGACCUGGGUUCUGGAGUCUUUGAGGGAGGAUUUGAAAGGAGAGCUCUCAAGGGAUCUGGUUGCACUGACCCUGUUCCUGCUCCUUUUAGAUCUAAAAGCCUGUGAGAAGAAGCCCAGCGUGGAUCUUUGCAGCAGUCAUUGUUCGUAUUUUCUAGAUUGUCCACGAGAAAAUACCAUAUGCUGUUCAACCUACUGUGGGAAUGUUUGCAUGAGCCUCCAAGCUCUCUGGACACUCACUCUACCCUGCCCCAGUGGACUCAGAGGCUACACCUAGAAUGCUUUGACUGGAGGAGUGCUUGCCUGGCCAGCACUCCAUGUUCUGUCCUAUGGAACAGCUGUGUGCCCCUAUGGAUGAAGUCAUCUCCUCGGC